AUGGCUACUCUAAGGGUUUCGACACGAACUGAUGAGACGACUGUCCCAUUCUUUCCCGAGGAAAGGGAAGGCUGGCAUGGAUAUAUUGAGUGGGAAGACUAUCCAGAGAAGCGGGAGCAAGCUGCAAAAGUCUUGCAAACGCAUAAUUUUGCUCCACCACCUGAGUUUCAACUGGUUCCAUUGCCAAAAACAAAUCCGAUUUUGGAGGGUGUUCGUUGGAAACAAUAUCAUGCAGCUCUUGGUUCAACUAUGGAGAAGAUGCCGGAGGAAAGCUGGAAUAUUGUCAAGCAGGAGAAGGCAGAGGAUAUGACGCAUGUUCUGCAGUUUCCCUAUAAUGGGGAGCCCCCAAGAGAUCGUUUGAUCGAAUCAGCAGUUACACCCAACGAACUCCAUUUCGUACGAAACCAUGGCGGAGUCCCAGAGAUUGAUGAGGCGGCCUACUUUUUUGACGUCGGGGGACUUGUUAACGAGCCUAAACGGAUAACUCUCGCUGAGCUUAAAAACGAAGAGCUGUUUCCGAGACAGAGUAAUAUCGUCACCAUACAGUGUUCGGGGACUAGAAGAUUGGAGCAGAUUGCAUUAUACCCAGGAGAAGGUGACGAGCUUAUAAAUGCUCCUUGGGCAGAGGGCGCGAUUGGAACAGCAAAAUGGACCGGCGUAAGCUUGAAGAAGACACUCAAAAUGAACGAGGUUCUCCUAGCAUGGGAGAUGAACGAUAAACCGUUACCUAAGAUUCAUGGGUUCCCCUUAAGAACCGUCGCCUUUGGUUAUAUUGGAGCAAGAUCCUGCAAAUGGCUCACCAAAAUCAACGCUCUCUCGGAACCCAGCAAGAACGUUGUCCAGCGCAAAGAAUAUCUCUACUACAAUCAACAAAUUGGCAAACAUAAUACGACUUAUAGCUCUGGCUUUUCAAUCCAAGACAUGCCCGUAUCUAGCGCCAUGAUGACCCCAACUGAUAAAGAUGUCAUUGUGCACGAUGGGAAGAUUACAGUCAAAGGUUGGGCUUACAGCGGUGGAGGGCGGUGGCCCCAGAGAGUGGAAGUCUCAGGCGACGGAGGUUCUGUAUGGUAUGAAGUACCAUGGGAGAAUUUGAGUAAAAAGUAUUAUCACGCGUGGAGACUCUGGUCUAUCGAUUUGCCGGUAGAUGCAGAAGGUUGGCUGGAGUUUGUGUGCAGAUGCUGGGAUAAUUCACUGAACACUCAACCAACAUAUGUCCGCUCAGCAUGGAAUUGGGAUCUCCAUGUGACAUCGAGUUGUCAUCGUCUUUUUAUUUAUAGCGUUAACAAAACGAAAGAGCCAACGGCAAUGCGGCUUGCACAGCUGGAGAAGAAAGGGAUACCAUUGACACCAAUCACUUUGCCGUUAGAAUUUGAUAUCGAAGAUGAUGACCACUAUUUAGAGGUUUUAGAAAAGCAAGGGCCAAGAGAUCCCGAGGAAUAA